AUUUUCGUGAAAAUUCAAAACAGCAUCUCCGCGAGUGUCCGCAGUGCAAGUGAUUGGAAAAAGUGCGUUUUUCGCCGGAAAUAUCAACCUAAUUGUGGUAAAAAUCGUUCCGUUCUGCAGCGGAAACCGGUCUGCGCUGAAGGAAAGUGGAGUUUCGUGCGGGGGAGUGAAUUUGUGGCUCGAAUUUGGCGUUUUAAAUUCGCGAAGAGUUGCGUGGCUAAAGAACGAAGAAAAAAAACGCGAGGAACAACAACAACAAUAGCAAGAAGGCGGAUUUUCUGAGCUGUGUGUUUUGGGAGUGCGAAACAACCUUGGACCAUGUUGGCCGUUCCGCGUUGAGGAGGACGAUUUUGCAGGAUGAACAACGGAGCGGGAGGAAGUGGCGGCGGCGGCUUUGGCGGAUUCAGCAAUGGCGAGUCGGGGAUUCUGCGGAAGACGGGCGGCGGAGGCCACCACCAUCAUCACCACCACGGCGGCGGCCAGGACACUUUUGCCGACCUGCUGGUGUUCGGGUACUCGUGCAAGAUGUUCCGGGACGACGAGAAGGCUCGAUUUAUCGACUCUGGACGGCAUUUAAUUCCAUGGAGUGGCGACAAUCAGUUGAAGAUUGACAGAUACGAUGCCCGCGGUGCCUUGCACGAUCUGUCCCAGCACGAACCGCCGAUCGGUGGGUACGGGAACCGGCUGGACUGUCUGGCACCGGCCGAGCAGCGUGCCGAACAGCUGUGCGAGGAGGAGCGCUACUACAGUCUGUACGCGAACGAAGUCGAGGAGGAGAUUUAUCAGGAGGAAGCCGCGAAGCGGCAAGCACUGAGUGGUGCGGAGAUUGCGUUCGAUUACGAUGCUCCUUCGGCGGAUGGAGCUACGAUGGUUGGUCCGGUGCCGGCGGAUUCCGCCGGCAUCGGUGAUGAUGACGAAAAUAGCCUCGAUCCUCCGUUUGAGGCUCCGAAAGGGUUUGAAAUUCCGACCGAUUUGGAGCUACCGGAAACGAUGAAGGAGCACGCGAUCAUCGAGAAGACGGCCAAGUUUAUAGCGUCCCAGGACUCGCAGAUGGAGAUUCUGCUGCGAGCAAAGCAGGCGGCGAACCCACAGUUUGGGUUUCUCAGCCCUGGUGGGAAGUUGUACCGAUACUAUCGGCACGUGUUGAUGGCCAUCAAAACCAACCGAUAUCCGGAAGAAGUGGAGGAGGUUCCCGAAAAAGAAGCGGAAGCCGCUCCAGCAGCUGAAGAAGUUGAAGUUUUACCUAAGCCCAAGGUAAUUGUCCCAUCCAUAAAGUACAAACCGUCGGUAGACUGUGCUUACACCCAGCUGAUUAGUAAAAUUACGGGUGCUCCGAUUCCGCCGGAAAAUCAAGUGACCGCGGCGGCACCGCUGACUCCGACGCAACUGACCUCGUUGAACACCGAGUACGAGUACUCGCUGGAGGAGAAACCAGUCGAGGUGAAGAAAGUGUCCACCGGCUUGGCCGGUCUCGUGCAGUACAAUUCCGACAGUGACGACAGCUCGAGUGAGACCGACCAGAAGGAAGAAAAGAAACCCGAGGUACCAAAACCAGAGCAGCGGGAAAUCGUAUUUACUGGCAAGCUGCCACCAGAAAUCUUCCAACACGUGAUCGAAAAAACCGCAACUUACGUCGCCAAAAACGGCUACAGCUUCGAGGAUGCGCUGAGGACAAAGAACGACCCGCGCUUUCUCUUCCUGCGGAAAGACCACGAAUUCUAUCCGUACUUUGCAUUUCGAGUGCGCUACCUCAUCAACCCGUACGAGGACGUGCCGAAAAGCCCGGAAAAGGUAACCAUCACGAGGGAAAUCGCGAACGGCACCGUGGUGGAAACGCCGAGCAUCGGCAUCAAGACGGUCAACGUGGCUGCGCCAGUACCGGCGCCGGCUCAGCAGACGCAAAUCCAGUCGACGAAACCGGGCGGAGCGGUCUGUUUCUCGAUCAAGAGCAGCAAGGAGGACGCUCCGGUUGCGCUCAAGUCGAGCGUGAUCCAGGAACUGGGCGCCGACGAGGAGGAAGCGGAACCGGCGAAGGAGGAGAAAGAAAAGAGUAGAACACCGAGCCGGGAGAGGGACGUCGAGGAAAAGCCUGCGGAGAGGAAGGUCGUGGAAAAGCCUGCGGAGAAAAAGGUCGUGGAAAAGUGUACCGAAAAGAAGGUCGCAGAAAAGCCUGCCGAGAAAAGGGUAGUGGAUGACAAAAGAUCGACCACUCCGCCGGCUGUCAUCGACAUGUCACCAUCGCCAGUCGAGGAACCCAAGGUGUCGUCAGCAGAAGAUGAAAUCAAAGAGCAAAAACGGCAAGAGGAACGCAUUAAGGACAAGCUGACGACAGCCGCUCGGGAAAAGCUCGCCGCCAUCACCAAGGAGAAACAACUCCAACUGGAACGAAAGAAAAGGGCCAGCAUGUUCCUCAGCAUGAUGGGCAACAAAGCAGAGCCCAAAGCCAGCAAAGACGAUCCAGAGCCGGUCGUCGCCGCUCCAUCUCCUUCCUCCUCCUCCACCUCCCAAGAUACGCCCCCUCAAGCCCCAGGCAAAAACGGGUUAGACUUGCUAAAAGACUCCACCGCCGCCGGCAAAGACCAGGACAAACAAUCCGACGCUUCGAUACACUCGAUCCCGUCGCAAAGCACCACCCCCGAGGUUCUCUCCAGCGAUGACGAUGACGAUGUCGUGCUGGUCGGCGUUAGCACCCAAAAGGACAACGGCGCGACGAGGCGCUCCCGGUCCCGGACGCGCUCGGACAGCAAGCAUAAAAAGCGAAAGCACAAGCAUCACAAAAGCAAAAGCAAAAAGGCCAAGAAGAAAAAAUCUCGCAGUCGGAGCGUGAGCCGGAGUAGGUCGUCGAAGGCCGUCAAGCGGAAACGGGCCCGCAGCAGCUCGCGGUCGGAAAGCUCGCGACGAUCGCGGAGUAGGUCCAGGGACGGGAAAAAGAGGAAAAAAGACAAGAAGAAAAGCCACAAGCAUCACAAGAGUUCCAGAUCUUCGUCGCGGUCCAAGCAUCACCACAGUCGGAGGGAGGAGCAGCAGCGGGAGGGGGAGGAUUUCGACUGGGAUGCGCUGUGAAGGGGUUUCUCUGCGUGUGUGAAUAUUGUGCAUAAUAGUUUUUUGGUCUAAAUAAAUUGAAUUCAUAACA